AUGAACCAAGCAAUAGACUUCGCACAAGCAAGCAUUGACUCCUACAAGAAGCACGGCAUUCUGGAGGAUGUAAUUCAUGACACAAGCUUUCAACCCUCCGGGAUACUUGCCGUAGAGUACUCAUCAAGUGCACCUGUUGCCAUGGGUAACACGCUGCCCACUGAGAAGGCACGUUCCAAGCCCCAAUUCCAGUUCACGUUCAAUAAGCAAAUGCAAAAAAGCGUACCACAGGCGAAUGCGUACGUUCCCCAAGACGACGAUUUGUUCACACUGGUAAUGACCGAUCCGGAUGCUCCCUCUAAGACAGAUCACAAGUGGUCUGAAUUCUGCCACUUGGUAGAAUGCGACUUAAAGCUGUUGAAUGAGGCUACUCACGAGACCUCCGGAGCAACCGAAUUUUUUGCAUCAGAGUUCAAUACGAAGGGCUCGAACACACUAAUAGAAUAUAUGGGACCAGCUCCACCCAAGGGAUCCGGUCCCCACAGAUAUGUUUUCUUGUUAUAUAAGCAGCCUAAGGGCGUGGACUCAUCUAAGUUCUCGAAAAUUAAGGAUAGACCGAACUGGGGUUACGGCACCCCUGCCACCGGUGUUGGCAAAUGGGCUAAGGAAAACAACCUGCAACUAGUUGCCUCCAAUUUCUUCUAUGCGGAAACGAAAUAG